AAGGACUAAUACCGUUUCAAAAUUUUAACUGGAGCCUAUGGGACAGUUACAAUAGCCUUAUCCUCCAGCACCUUCACUCAGCGAGAGGUCACCGAGGCCUCACCCGCACCCUAACCAAAAACCCACAUCUAAAAUUUCGAAAUUUCUGAGUCAAAUACUUCCGAUAAACAGAAACCAAAUCAUGGUUUCAACUAUCUUCACUUCUUUAGCUCAGUCGUCGUUAUACUGUGUCUCUGAUUCUGCAAAGCUAUCUUCACUCGGCUUAUUUGUGAAACAAAAUCGCCCUCUUCUUAACAGACCAAAUUUAUCAUCAAAUUUUGGUUUUUCGAGGUCAUUCCCAGUUCAUUAUAGAGAGCUACGUUCAGUUUGCUUCUUCAGUGCAAAAGAGAAAUCAAAUGGCAAUUUUGAUGGCCAGGAAAAUGGAUUGGAUUGGCCUAUACUUAAAAGAUGGGACGUGCCUUGGCAAUGGCAAACUGCUUCUUUAACCUCACUUGCUUGUGGAUUAAGUUUUGUUUUGACAGGAUUAGCAGAGACGGCAGCCAUACCACUUCUCGGAAUUAAAAUUGAGGAGUUAAGUUUAGAUGAGAAGGCAGAGCUGCUGUUAUUGGAUCAAAGCAUUACAACUGCAGUUGUACUUGGAGUUCUUUAUGGUAUCACAAACACCUUUCAACCUCUUCCUGAAGAUAUGUUUCGCUAUGAUUUGAGGGAACCCUUCGAUCUACAAAGGGGGUGGUUUUUAUGGGCUGUGAUUGGUCUUGUGGGCGCUCUACUUGCUGUUGCAUUGACAGGAGUUGCCAUGUCUGCAUUCAAUGGUGAGCCUCCACAGAGAGAGACUGAUGCACUUGUUCGGCUUCUUCCAUUAAUUGGAUCUUCGAGUACCAGCACUGCUUGCUUGGUGGUUAUCACUGGUGUCCUGGCUCCAAUUCUGGAGGAGACUCUGUUUCGAGGAUUUUUCAUGGUUUCUAUAACAAAAUGGGUACCCACACCAAUUGCCAUCCUAAUUAGUGCAGCAGUUUUUGCAAUAGCACACCUAACUCCUGGAGAGUUUCCCCAGCUAUUUGUGUUAGGGGUUGCUCUAGGAUUUUCAUAUGCUCAAACUCGUAACCUUCUAACCUCGAUUACAAUUCAUGCUUUCUGGAACUCUGGAGUGAUCCUUAUUCUCACCUUGCUUCAGCUCCAAGGAUAUGAUAUCAAGGAAAUAUUGCAGGCAACAUGAUAGUGGGUUCCUUUAUCGAUGACUUGAUGAAGCUUGAGAAGUCAGGGUUUGUUCCUAAUGUACCUUUUUUUUUUCUCGCUUGUCUUGUACAAGUUGUUUAGAUGAAGAGAAAAUUGGUUCAGAAGGAUAAAUGCAUAAAAUUGAUUAGUCACUCUUAGCUAUGUGAUUUGGAGAAAAGCACAAUUUCAGCUUUUUAGCAGUAUUCUGUAUUUCUGUUGCUAAAAAUUUUGUACAUCUGAAAAGCUAAAAGGGUUUGCUGUUUUACCC